AUGGCCGCCGUUGUUUGUUCCAAAUCCGCGCUCGCGCCCGGCCCGCCCGGCCCGCCCCGGCCCGGCCCGGCCCGCACCGUCCGGGCCCCCGUGGGCUGCGGGGACCCGGCCGGCCGAGACCCGCGCCCCGGGCGCCCGGCUGGAGGCUGCGACUGCCCGGCCGCCCGGCGCGGCCCUGUCCCGGAGAGCGCGGGCCCCGACGCGGGCCCGGGGCCGGGCCCAGCGAGACGCGGACCCUCCGUCCCCGCGCCCGCAGCCGCCUACCCUGCGGGGCCGCGCAUGGCCCGGCCGAGCGCCGGCCUCGCUCCCCGCGCCGCCUCGGCCGCGACCCAGCCCUCGUCCCCACCUCCUCCCCGCCCCCCGAAACGCGCGGGGCUCCCCGGCGCGGCGCACCUGCCCCGCGCGCGGCCCUCGGAGCCCGCCCCGCGGUGGGGCCGGGCCGCCCGCAUCGACCCCGGCGCGGAACCGACACCGCCAUGGUGGCCCAGGGCGGCCGGCCCAGCGCUGAGGGGGAAGCGCCGCGCGGAGCUCAGCCGAGGGUCUCGGGGACCCUGCCCGGGGUGGAGGCGCGCGCCCUGCGCCCCGGGGCCGCCCCGCGCGUCCCGGCCCAACGGCAGGAGCCCCUCGGGGGGCACCCGCGGGAAAACUCGGGGUCGCAGCUCGCUUCUCGCGUUGGCUCGCGGCCCCGCUGCCCGGAGCCAGCGCAGCGCUGGACGCGUCCUCAGCCCAGGGCGCCCCGGCACCGGCGACGACGCGCGAAGCGGCCCCGCGCGGGGCGCUAGCAAACGGGGCCCCCGGGACAGACACCCCGGCGCGACGACGCCGGGCCGCGCGGCGUCUCGGCCUGCGCGUCCCCACGGGAGGAACGCACCGACAGCAACGAGAAACCCGCAGCCCCGCCAACCGCGGCCGCCCGGGGCUGCAGGGCGUGGACGGGGCCCGCGCCCCGGGACCCGAACGCACGCAGCCUCCCUCCCGGCGGGCUGCGGCCGCACGACCGCGACCCCGCUCCGGUCACCUUUUUCAUCCACGCCCCGCGGCAGCCUGGCCUCCCGGAGCCCCGGGACGUCCCCCCGGGCGCCCGCAGCGCCGGCCGGGCGGAGGAGCCCCGGCCUCCGCGCGACGGCUGAGGAGAAGCCGCGGCCGAGCCGCGCCGCCGCUGUGGCCGCCGACCGACGCUCCCUUCCCACGGCCCCUCCGCCGGGCAGCCGGGGGCUGACGGGGCUGCAGGCGACCCGAGGCCCAACCCGCAGCGCUCGGCAGCAGUUCCGGCUACGGCGGCCGGUGGAGACGCCGGGACGUCGCGCCGGGGCGGGGCGGGCGGGCGCGCGGGACGGGGCGGGGCGACGCGCGCGGGAGCGAGCCCGCACGAGCUGUCCGGCGGGCGCGCCCCCCCUAGCGGCGCUCCCAUUGGCCGGGAGCGGGCGCGCGCCGCCGCACGUACGAGCGCGGGGGCGGGCCCUCGACCGUGGGGGCGCUACGGCGCCGCCCCUCGUCGUGGCGACCGACGAGCGCGAGCAGUGCUGGUGUUUGUCAGAGCGGCGGGCCCGGCCCCGUCCCGUCGGCCCCGCGCGCCCCCUCACCAUUGCCGUGGACGACGCGCGGACGCCGGCGGGGCGAGCGGCCCCGGAGCUCUGCGGGACGCGCGUCCGGAAGGGAGGCUCGCGCCCCCGUGUCCGAGACCGGCAGAGCGGGGCCCCGAGGGCCGCGCGCGCCUCGCCGACUCCCGCCCUCGGCUCCCGGCGGCGCGGGCCCGUCGUCCCGGCAACGCGGCGGCGCGGCGAGGUGAGUCCCGCGGGCCCCGGGGAGGCGGCGCGGCCCCCGGCGGAGGGCGAGCGGCGUGCGGAGCCUCGGGUGGGCCGGGGAGCGCGCGGCGGCGGCGUGGGGCCUCGGCACCAGCGAGACGUCCGGUUUUCCUCCUCCCGGCGGCAGGUUCGUGUCCGGAGCCCGGGAGUUGGCUAA